UAGGUUUAAUAGUUUAUGUUUAAUAAUCAUGCCUUUUGGUGUAUUUAUAACAAAUUUGAUAUAAUAAUAAGAAUAUUAAUUAUUAUGUGUUCACCAUAAUUUAGUGCAUCACUGGAUUUUUUUCCAAAAUAGCCCGUCAGGAAAAUGACGCACUCACUCAACAUAGACGAUUUGAAAGAAGAGUAUCUCAACUGUGACGUAUGCGGUGACGAGUAUGACGAAGAACAGCACGAGCCGCGCGUGUUACCAUGCCUACACACAUUCUGCACGCGCUGCAUGGACGGGAUGGUCCGGGAUUGGACAAUCAUCUGUCCCACCUGCAGAAUCAAACAUGACGUUCCCGGAGAUAGCAUCCGGAACUUCCCAAAGGAGCAUACGCGUCGCAGCCUUCGAGACUUCAUCCGCCUGAAGCGGAAGACUCACAACAUCCCCUGCCGUGACUGCCCCGACUCUGGACAAGCUGUCUACUUCUGCAAAGACUGUCAGACGUUCAUGUGCGCGGAAUGUACUCACGCGCAUCUACGUAACUUCCUGUCGAGGAAUCAUCAGAUCGCGAACUUUGAGCAGUUGCGGAAAUAUGGUCUCGAGACUUUCCAACGGGAGAUGACAUGUGCGGAACCAGGGCACGAAGGACAGCCCUUGGCAUACUACUGUUCCGCUAAGGUAUGCUCGAAGCCGUUGUGCAAGAUGUGUACAGUUUUGGACCAUGACGAGACGAAGGGUCACGUGAUCAAGAAAAUCUCUGAGGUGUAUGAUGACGAGAGACAGAACGUGAACGAACUCACCAAGAAACUGGAGGAUAAGAUUGCUUUUGCGAAGUCUGUUAUGAAGGAGACUGAAGACGAGCACUCGACACUGAACAACAAGGAGGAAACCAUGCAGAAGGAGAUCGACAUUGAGAUGGACGCCGGUGCCAAGAUGCUGGAGAUACGGCGUAGGGAGCUCAAGGAUAACCUGACAGGGAGGAUCAAGGAGAAGAAAGCCGUGCUCCAGAAACAAAGAGACUAUUUGAGGUACUACGUAUCACUGAUGUCGAGUGCACGUGAGUUCUCCUCCCACAGUCUCGUGCACAGCAUGCCCGCGGAAUUCGUGCAGCUCACCAAAACCAUCACCAACCGUCUAAUCGAAUUAAAGGAUCAACAUUUAGACGCGUGUCCUCUCGAGAACUCUUACGUCACCUUUGAUCGGAAUUCCAUGGGACCCGAGUUCAAAAACUUUGUGCUUGGAAUGGGCCAAAUCAGGUCAACAGCCAUUUUCCCGCCAAAAACAUCGGUUGAAACACUUGAGGCUCCUCUGGGACAAGAAUCCGAGGUUAUCCGCGUGUUUUUGUACGAUGCGAAGGGAAGACCUCAAAGAGAUAGCUUCGAUGCCAUUACUGUUGAAAUAAAGGAUGGCAAGGGCAACGUUAUUCCUUCUAAAGUUGUGGAUGCCAAGACAGUGGACGGAUGUUACAAAAUCGUCUGCAAACCAACAACACACGGGAGCCAUCGUGCUAGGAUACGGGUUCUUAACAGGCCGGUUAAUGAGGAGGGAUUUCAAUUUGUUGUUCGAGCCCCUGGUGAGAUUGACAAGAGGUUCGGAGACAUUCUAUGUGUUGGUUUCCUGUUUGAUGCAGAAACAGCCCAUCACGAGCGCGCCAUUUCCCUAGACGGACGGAACAUGAGGUCCGACAUCGAAACGUUGAGACGUGUAGCCGGCCUAAGAAUACGUCGUGACCGCGGGAUAGCCAGAGACAAACGCCGCCUAUUUCCAUGGGAACUGGAGUCAGCCAAGAAACAGAAGCAGCGUGAGAUGAACAUGGACGAGGAGGCGAAGACAAGCAUUAUACAAAAAUCCGUCAAGAUGGAUUCGCGGUUCACAAAGAACAAGGGAGCAGAGAUUGAUGAAAUAGAACGAGAGAGGCUGGGAGGGCGCGGUCGAGCGAAUACUGACCCAGAGGAGCAAUUGGAUGAAGGCGAUACAUCUCAGAAAUCUAUUUCGAGGCCGUCUCUUCUCCCAGAAAAGUCCAUCUGGUCGAAGAAAUUAAAGAAGUAUUCUGGAGUAAUUAGCACGAAGUUCCUUCGAGGACCAGGAAAGUUUUACUGGGAAGUGCAGGUGUUCUACCGUAUCCACGUGUCCCUCCUGAGAAAUGCCCUCUUGUUUGAGAUCGGUAUUUCCCGCCUCGAUGCCGUCCACAGCAGUUUCUACGUGGGCAGCCAAAUGUUCGCCUGGUCCUUCUCUGCAGAACGCUGCAAUGACCACAAACAGGUGUGCCAUAAGUUUCGCCACAAGCGAAUGCUGCUGCACCACAAUCCCAUCACGAGUGACACAGCUGGCUCCACCCACCACGCUACAUACGGCUUCCUAUUGGACACCACAAAAAGGGAGUGGACCAUCGUUGACGUCAGUCUAAGGAAGCUGUUGUUUAACUUUCAAAACAUCGACUGUACAGAGCCGUUAUGGCCGGUGUUCGGCACCUACAACCCAUACUCCGUCCACGUGGAAUUGUCUCUGAAAACUGGGCGGGACAUUAUGGCUAUUCCAGACAUCCUUAGACCGGGAAGCGGAGGAACUAAAGCAUCAAACAAAGUAGCCAAAGUGGCACCCGCAACAUCUAGGAAGAAGAAGCUACCUUUUGAUGUGACCAAAUCUUCACACUAGGAUUUGAGAACUGGACCACUAUUUGUUAUUUUUAGGAAAUCUUAUCAGACACGUUUGAAAUUUGUUAAUUGUAACAUUAAUGAAUCUUAAUUAAUAUUUUCAAUAGAAACAACCAACCAACACACAAGGUAUGAAAUUGUGUCAGAUAAAUUAAGUGGGGUAUGAAGCCUAGACGUAUAAUCCGAGCAGUCAGCCGAUUUUUUUUGCCUGGUAUGAAGAGCCACAUUUAUACAACGGAUUUGCUUAUCGUUAUCAUAUUCACCUAUUUAUACAGGGGCGUAGCUAACCCUCAAAACGUGUAGGCCUGAUGGUUCUAGGUGAGUUUCGGGACUUUUAUAUGCAAAUUACACACACUUAAUUGUAUUUUCAGUGAUUACAAUAAAUUCAAGCAAACACCCUGCACGAAGUUUAAAUAAACACCGAACUUGCUUUGGUUAAAAUUAAAACAAACGAGUUAUUCAACAUGUUCAAGUAGCUAUUUAUUUAUUGCAUUAUAGGAUUAUUUAAAUUUGUCCUUUUUCAAGGCAGUUGUAGGCCCAGGCCAACAAGGCCUGUAUGUAGCUACGCCACUGUUGAAUCAAUAAGAUAGACAACAUGUGUUAUUCAAACAUGAGCUUGUCUGUAUUGUGUGUGAUUUUUCUGUUUAGUUCGAGACAUAAAAUAUAUUUAUUACAUGCUAUAUCUUGCUGUCGGUUAAAUUUAACUAUCACGUAUGUUUUGUAUAUGUUAUAUCCUUAAUGUCGUAUGGACUAUUUUUCAAGGUUUUCAUAAUUGAAAAUGUUUAUUGAUAAAUAUGAUUUCUCGAAUUUUGCGUAUUCUUUUGUGUUGACGUAUAAAUAUGUACUUUGUGUUUUGAAUGAGAUAAUGCAGGUGUUUUGUGUAUAUAGUGAACCAAUAAAAUUACCAUGAC